AUGAAACCAUACCGGUACUCCCUGUACAGAAAGGCACGCCGGAUCCGACUAGCCCUUUUCUUCAUCCUCAUCGGAUGGACCUUAGUAGAAGUGCUACACAUUAAAUACAUGCAUGUGCAAGAAUCACGGCUUCAGCAGGUCGCACUAGGAAGUGAAAAGAUCUACAUCGCCGGCCUUCAUUGGAACAGCGAGCAGAUCCUACGGGAAGCAUGGAUCGCGGCCGUGGUGGACUUGGCCAAUGCGAUCGGCCGGGACAACGUCUUUGUCAGUAUACAGGAAAGCGGCAGUUGGGACGAUACCAAGGGUGCACUGAUUCACUUGGAUCAACUGUUAGCGGAAUAUGAUAUUCCAAGGAGGAUUGUCCUGGAUAACAAGACUCAUCUCGACGAGAUCACCAAACCUCAUAGCGGUCAGGGGUGGAUUGAGACGCCGAUUGGGGCAACCGAGCUACGCCGCAUACCCUACCUGGCCAAAUUACGAAAUGUGGCGAUGGAGCCGCUGUAUGAACAGAAGAGUGCUGGCAUUAUAUAUGAUACGAUCGUGUUUCUAAAUGAUGUGAUUUUCACCACCUCUGAUAUCCAAAACUUAUUGUCUACAAGAGGAGGCGACUACGCGGCAACGUGCGCACUGGACUUCUCCGAUCCUCCUGACUUCUAUGACACCUUCGCCCUCCGUGAUUCUGAAGGCCAUGACAUGCUCAUGCAAUCAUGGCCCUACUUCCGAUCCCGAGCGUCUCGUCAGGCCAUGAAAGAUAGCCAACCCGUUCCCGUGACAAGCUGCUGGAAUGGUGUAGUGGCGAUGGACGCAACCCCUUUCUACCAAAGUCCACCCUUAAGAUUCCGAGGUAUCUCUGACAGUCUCGCAAAGUCACACUUAGAAGGUUCGGAGUGCUGUCUUAUCCAUGCCGAUAAUCCUUUGUCGGGGGAGAAGGGGGUUUGGCUUAAUCCCAGCGUGCGUGUGGGAUACAACUCCCCUGCCUAUUUGGCCGUUAACCCGGUGAAUAGUUCAUGGCUAUCCAGUUUUACUGUAGCUAGCGGGCUAUGGAAGAAUCGGUUCAUGCGAUGGUUUACCACGCCGUGGUUCAAAGAAAAUGUAGUCUGGAUACGGUUAUGGAAGUGGGAAAAGCAGUCGCAAGAAAAUAGGGAACCUGGGCCUUUCUGUCUUAUUAAUGAGAUGCAGGUUCUUACGGAAAACGGGUGGGCGCAUCGGUAA